CAUCAGUCACUGCAAACUUCGACAGGACGGCGGGAGAUAGCAAACAGAAGCCAGACGAGGAGGGUGACGCUCUUUGACACACAGACACGAAGCUGGUCAACAUGAUCCAGCUCAAGACCCUCGUCAACUGCAUUGACAACUCCGGCGCCGCCAUAGUUGAGUGUGUCAACGUCCUGCGAUCGAAGAGGCCGGCCAAAGUUGGUGAUCGCAUCGUAGUCGUCGUCCAGAAACAGCGAAACUUCGGCCCAGAGACAGGAAACAGCGUCUCCAUCAGCGCUGCAAAUAAGGUCCGACGGGGCGAUGUACGCCAUGCCGUCGUCGUGCGGACCGCGAAAAAGUGGCAGAGACCGGACGGAAGCGUCGUCAAGUUCGACGACAAUGCCUGCGUCCUAAUAAAUAAGGCCGGAGAGCCCAUUGGGACGAGGUUGAACGGUGUAGUCGCAGCAGAGCUGAGGCAGAAGCAGUGGUCCAAGAUUCUGUCGUUGGCACCAAUGCACUUGUAGGACUGCACAUGUGCAAGGGAGGUAGCAUGGCGUUAGAUGAGCGGCGUAUCAUGUCAUUCAUUGUACAAAUAUCCUGGGUAUCGAAUACCACGUUUCCGGGCCACCACGAAUUCAAGAAUCUACCAAACUCCAGGCUCCGCCCCAAUGCAAGAUGCAUGCUCAUCGACUAAUCCAUAGUCAUCCCGACAGACGUUCACG